UUUGGGUUGGAAACCCUAAAUUUGUUUUUCACUGCCACCUCCUCUAUUUUCCAGCAACGCAACAGCCGUUUCAGCUUUUUCUUAUUUUUUUCUCUUAUUUACUUAUGUUUUAAAUUGUCUGUGAAAAAUGAAAAAGCUCACCAAUUUUCAAAUUUCCUUUGCUUUUGGCUUCAAAAAUUAUUGAGAAAUAGGAAAAUCGGGGCGAAUUCGAAACUCAAUUUGGAAAAGGGAAGAAAGGCCAAAAAGCAAAAUUCGAUUUUCGGAAACCCUUUCUCGCUGGAUAUCGGCUUGAUUUUCGAUCGAAGUUAGAAUUUUGAUUUUUGUUUUUUCGUUGUCUUGUCUGAAAUUAGGGUUCAUUUCCACCUGUUCUUCCUUGCUUCUCCUUGUUCGUGGUCAAACUUCGUGUUUUUUUUUUUUUUUUGGUGUUUGCCAAUUUUCGACUUUUUCUCUGUCUGUCUGUCUGUCUGUCUGUCUGGGUUUAGAGGUUGUGAGAGUCUCUGGUUAGGGUUUAUAGAAUAACAGAAAUGUCGACGCUAGAGCCAUAUGGAGUUGUUCAGAACAAUAACAAUUCAGAGCCUCAAUCUUCUCAACCUUCCGCCGGCUUGAUGGCCACUAUGCGCUUGGCUUUCAGCGCCGACGGCACGGCGAUGUACAAGCCCGUGAUGCCGCAAACGCCGCCGCAUUCUACUUCGGCGACGCCUCCCCCGCCCUUCCAAGCCGGCGGAGACGCGUCUGCUGUGGCGGUGGCUCCGUUGUGCAUUAACGCCACCGGUGGAGAACAGACCAAGAGGAAACGUGGGAGGCCUAGAAAGUACGGUCUUGAUGGCACCAUGGCUCCCUUCUUGACAUCUCCGCCCCCGCGGCAGACGGAGGUUGCUUUUCAGUCAAGCGGGGCGUUGCCGGCUGUCACUUCGCCGCCUUCGGGGAAGAAGCCAAGAGGCAGGCCGCCUGGAUCCGGCCGGAAGCAGAAUGUUGCUGCCAUGGGGUCGACAGGGUUUGGAUUUACUCCACGUGUGAUCACAGUAAACACCGGAGAGGAUGUAUCUUCCAAAAUAAUGUCAUUUUCUCAAAAUGGCUCAGGAGCUAUCUGCAUUCUGUCAGCAAAUGGUGCCAUAUCUAAUGUGACACUUCGCCAAGCGGCAACAUCUGGUGGAACUGUAACAUAUGAGGGACGGUUUGAGAUCCUUACACUUUCUGGUUCAUAUAUGCUCUUGGAGAGUGGUGGACAGCGCAGCAGAACUGGUGGUCUAAGUGUGCUGUUAGCUGGGCCAGAUGGUCGAGUUUUAGGUGGUGGUGUAGCGGGCCUUCUAACUGCAGCUGCUCCAGUGCAGGUAGUUGUCGGUUGUUUUAAUGCAGGCCAGGAGUUGAAAUCACCGGCCCAAGACACUGCUGCUGGUCCAGCAAAGCAUAUCCCCGGCGCUACAGGCACUGGAAGCCCUGCAUCGCGGGGAACCAUGAGCGAGUCCUCGGGUGGGCCUGGAAGCCCCCUUAAUCAGAGCACUGGAGCCUGCAAUAACAACCACCCACAAGGCAUGACCACCUUACCUUGGAAGUGAAAAGAUGCUUUGCUUUGCUAAGCUAACCUGCUGUCAGUGUGAGGGUGCUGCUGAUGAUUGUAAUCUAUUAUCUAUGUCCUGCGUUUUUGUAAGUUCAUCUUUCGUCUGGAAAGACCUUCACCAACAAACUACAUCCUCUCUGAACUGCAAAAAAAGCCCUUUCCCUACAUUGCAUCACUAAACAGACAACUGACAGGAUUGUGUUUGUCAACCCUCCUUUUCUUUUCUUAGCUUUAGUACAAUUCUGUAUUGUUAUUAUAUUUAGACAGGAGAAUUUUAAAUGUUGUCAUUAGAAACUUAUAUUUUAAAAUUUUUAUAUUCAAAA